GUGUGUCCUUUAUUAUAGGGUGUCAGAUUUCAGCUCCUUGUCUUCUUUGUUGGACAGCUCUUAGUCCUCAGUAGAAUGCAAUGCUUAUGCCAGCCAUAGGUGUGCAGUGUGUAUGGCAGAGUGCCCCAGGCUAUGGCAGUGUGCCCCCACCCCGGAGUUGGGCUCUGACCCCCAUCUCUAUAGACAUCUCCUUCCACUCUCACUUUAUUUCCCUCUCUGAUUACUAUAUGUAUUUGUUCCAUCACUUCUCUCUAUCUAGCCGCCUUCUGAUUGGCUGCAUUCUGUUUCUAGCCCCUGUCAGCCAAUCACAGGCGAGCAAUGUUUUUCUCAGAAGCUCCGCAAUAAAAAGGACCUGAAUAAAGAGAAAUGUGAAAACAACUCGGUCGGGCCCGAGAAGGACAAGAAGGGGCUGCGGUACCGGAGCGGAUCCGGUGCAAAGGCAAGUAAGGGCUAGGAGCAGCCCCGGGACCCGCACCGCAAGGACCGUGCUGCCCAAUACACCGAGCAGCAUCCGCUGUCACUACAGUCUACUGCACCGGCUGACAAUCACAGGAAGAAAACAUGGCUCCUACAUUGGCUACAGCACAUCGGCGACGGUGGUGGAUGGCCUGUACUGCAGUAAUUGAAAACCUUUUCUUUUCUGCAGUACUUCUGGGCUGGGGAUCCUUGCUCAUCAUGCUGAAAUCCGAGGGGUUCUACUCUUACAUGUGCCACUAUCCAGAGAAUUUUACAUUGGACAACUCCACCAACAGCAGCACCCUUGAAAACAAUGCAGAAAAAGAACAAAUGAUUGAACUGAAUGGCUGGCUGGUGUGUAAAGACCAAGAUGAGAUGUUGAACUUGGCCUUCACGGUGGGGUCCUUUCUUCUCAGCGCCAUCUCACUGCCUUUGGGAAUCAUCAUGGACAAGUAUGGGCCACGUAAGCUGAGGCUAAGCGGAAGCGCCAGUUUUGGUGUUUCUUGCCUGUUAAUUGCCUAUGGAGCAAGUAAUCCUAACUCUCUGUCUGUGCUAAUUUUCGUAGCCUUAUGUCUGAAUGGUUUUGGAGGAAUGUGUAUGACCUUCACUUCUCUAACACUGCCUAAUAUGUUCGGUGACCUGCGCUCCACUUUUAUUGCACUGAUGAUUGGCUCUUACGCUUCCUCCGCAGUUACCUUUCCAUUCAUCAAGGUUAUUUAUGACCUUGGUGUGAGUUUUAUCACUAUCCUCAUUGUUUGGGCUGCUUGCGCUGGACUUGUCUUCUUCAACUGUUUCUUCAACUGGCCACUAGAGCCCUUCCCUGGACCCGAGGACAUGGACUACACUGUGAAGAUAAAGUUCAGCUGGUUGGGAUUUGACCACAAGAUCACAGGAAAGCAGUUCUACAAACAAGUGACUACUGUGGGCCGACGACUGAGUGUAGGAGGCUCCAUGAAAAAUCCCAAAGAGCUGUCAGCAUUACAGGAAGGGAAUAAACUGUGCCUGUCUACAGUAGACCUGGAGGUCAAAUGUCAAGCUGACAAUGCAGCGACUCCUUCUUUCAUGAAGAGCGUUUUCAGCCCCAUAUUACUGCUUAGCCUUAUUACAAUGUGUAUUACUCAGCUCCGUCUCAUCUUCUACAUGGGAGCCAUGAACAACAUCCUGGAAUUCUUGGUGGAUGGAAACUUAGAGACUGUGAGCCUGUAUACAUCCAUCUUUGGCGUGUUACAACUACUGUGCCUGAUGACAGCCCCGGUGAUUGGCUACAUUAUGGACUGGAGGCUCAAGGAUUGUGAUGAUGGCAAUGAUGAUGGGGAAGAGAAGGAUGCUCCUCAGGAUGGAAAGAAAAAGAGAAAACCAGAUCGACAAAUUCAGAAGAUCACAAAUGCCACAAGGGCCUUUGCUUUUACUAACGUAUUAUUGGUAGGAUUUGGAAUCACAUGUCUCAUCAAUAACCUGCCAUUACAGAUUCUGUCUUUUAUUUUGCACACAAUAGUGAGAGGAUUCAUCCAUUCUGCUGUGGGUGGGCUCUAUGCUGCUGUAUAUCCCUCAUCACAUUUUGGCAGUCUGACGGGACUUCAAUCUCUUAUUAGUGCUCUCUUUGCACUGCUCCAACAGCCCCUCUUCUUGGCUAUGAUGGGACCUUUAAAUGGGGAUCCACUUUGGGUCAAUGUUGGAAUGCUGGUAAUGAGCAUGCUUGGGUUCUGCCUCCCUCUCUACCUCGUCUUCUUCAGGCGGAGCCUGGAACGCCAGAGGAAACAGAAGAUUGAAGACUCUAAACUGUAUUUGAAGAUAAAUGGCACUCCUGAUCAUGAAGCCUUUGUCUAAAUGUCAGGCAGAUGCUAGUCUGAAUUCUCACAAUGUUCCUUUCCACACACUCCCUGGAAAGGUAUCGCUCCAGCUUAAAAAAAAAGUCACCAUCUUAGAACAUUUUUCAAAUUUCAGCAUCCCACCUGUGACCAACCUUCUUUUCAGAAUAGGAGGUUGAAUCUCUUUGUCAUAGAAAUCCAAUAAUUCUUACUUAGAAAACAAAGAAAAUGUGAACGAAUUUGUGAUGGAGACUUGAGAUUCUUCCUCCUUUAGGGAUGGAUGCAUACUUCUGCAGUAACUCUUGGUGACUUGAGAUGCACUGUACCAACUUGCCAUAAGGCUGGAGAUUAUCCCCUGCUCUCUGGAUUUAUAUCUUUGGGUGCUCAGCAGAGUGGUAGCAGGAUUUAUCAUUCUACACAAGAUUACUUCUACGAUGAUCCAGUUGGCAUGAUCACUGGCAUUGAUGAUGCCUAUUGUGCAAAUGGCAAUACCAGAUAAACUGCAUCCUUGGGGCAUUCUUAAAUGGGUAUUGUGAAAGAUACACCCUGUUAGCAGGAAACACAGAAGAGAAUUCCAACAUCAUUAAGGUGUUCUUCUCUAUCCUGCAGCAUGAUGCCUGUGUUUUUUGGGUGCAUUGCAAUGGAGAAUAUGCACCCGUUCAUUGAACUCUUUCUUUCUCUGCACUAAUGGAACUUGCUGCUUUUCACAAUAUAGUUAUAGUAGACAAAGGCAGGCAUAUCACUUUAAAAGGGAUUACCCAUCCAUCCUGUAUGUCAAUAUAGGUGAUGAGAAUAAACUCUGUUGUGAUCCAUAUAUAAUUGUUGUGCCAUAAUAUCCUUAAACCUGACAGAUGAUCACAAGCCAGGAAUUGGCGAUCUGUGGCGCCAUAGUGGUGGCUGCACACCUUCUUUCAUGACGCUGGCUAUGAAGUUGAGGUGCAGCCUCCAGGGUGGUGUCAUUGAUUUCUAGUCUUUGUUCUAAGCAAUACCUAUGUCUGUAUCUCCUUUUUUUUUGCUUUAUAAAUUCCUAAUAUGAAUAUGAUGUUUUAUGUUCCUUGCAUGAUAUACUCAAGUAUUUUUUGACAUAGAAUUGUUUGUGUGAAGUGCUUUCUGAUGAAUGGAGCUGGUCACGAAUCUUUUUCUUCACAACAUCUUGAUAACCAAAUGAGUGAGAUGAAGCAGAAAGCCAAUGUCUAUCUUCCCUACGUUGAUUUUUGUUCUUAUAAUCACUCCAGCCAAUCUCAUUGAGGUGUGCUACCUUUUUCUUUCUUUAUUCUUAAAGUAUUAGCAUUACGCCUUGAAAAUUCUGUUCCAUGUUUUUGUACGACUUCUUGUUCUCCAUAGUUUCCAAUUAUAUUUGUGCAAUUUCUUUUUUCGUAUUUCUGAUAUUUUGGAGGACCUUUAUGAGAAUUGCCAUACCAGAGCACCAGUAUACUUGCUGUUUUGUACACUUCAAGAAGGUAAUAAAAUCUGCUUGGUUACUCCUAUAUAAUGGGGGGGUACAAUUUCAUAGGUGUCCUCCAGUAUAUCUGGGGAUUUACCGUUACCUCACUCCAGUGCACCCCUCUGUGAAUCUUUAGCGUAACUCCUGGUCAUCCUGAUAAUCCAGUGGUUGUGCAGAACAGGGUGUAUAAGACAUUACUACUGUCAGGUCUAUCACUUGUUGCACUCAAAGUAUAUUGAUUAUGUUAGUAUUUCCUUUGUUCUUUAUGUUCAUGUUCGAGAUGAAUAAGAACCUUCAGACUCCAUACAUAUCUACAGACACUGUGUCGUAAUGGAGGAUCGCCUGAAAGUCCCAAUAGGCUUCUUCAUUACUAAUCAUGUUCUAGGCAUUUAACACAGUGAUGAGGUAAAAAUGAAAAUGCAAUGAAAAAAAUACUAAAUUCUAAGGUGGUUCCCUUGGAACCAGUAUUUUGACACUCCAUAAAGAGCAGGCCAAAUAAGAACAGCAUCAUGCACCUGUCAUCUAUAUAUGUCAAUAACAUUUGCAGAAUCAGAAGCCAUCAUGAGCCUCAUGAAUUAAGUCGAUUCAUAUAUGGAGUAUUAAUUCAACCAAAAAAUGUCAGGUGCAUUUUAGUAUCUUCUCCUGUUCCUUUGUUCUAGUGGAGUCAAAGACAGCGAAGCCUUUUACAAAAGACCACUGCUUAUCCAGAGCAGGUGUCAGUCCCACUAUAUUUUAUGCAUACCGGCUAUCUUCUUUGAGAAGACCACCCCUAGAAGACCACUUUUCAUUGCAAUUUUUGGGUGAUCUUCUCAAAGAGGCUUCACUGCACAAUUUAACAAGAGAACAUUUCUGGUAAACUUGAUUAGUGGUACCACAAGGAAGCACCAGUAUUUUUCCCAACCUCAAGCAGAGUGGUUAUGUGUCGGCAUGGGGACUAUAGAGCACAAAAGCAAUAUAUACCAUUUUUCCCCAUGUCUAGUACUGAGCUGGCCUUCAGAAGAAGACACCUUGAUAUUCCAUCUCUAUAUGGAAGCAGUAAGGCCGGCACUGUGCAACCUUGAGCAAAUCACUGUAUCUCUCAGUGCCUCAGGUGCAAAAAGAUUGUACGUUCUCAUGAGUGGGUAUUUAUUGUGCCUGUACAUUCUACAUAGAGUGCUUGUUGUUACUAUAAAAAAAAAUAUAAAGAAAACAAAUAAACCCUUUUUAUAACCAA